AUGGCCACCCCCGGACACCCACCGACAGCCUCUACCAGCCUUGUUUCAUUCUGUGUUGGCGAACUCUUUCAUAGUUUCACCGACCUGGAGGACAAAAUCAAGUCUUACAAGGAACAGGCAUUUUGUGAGUUGUGGAAGCGGGAUGCCAGGACAAUUGCAGCAGCCAGGAAGCGCAUGGGAAGGCCAAUGAAGGAAGAGUUGAAGUAUUAUGAGUUGAAGUACUGCUGUAUUCACGGGGGGCAACCGUUCAAGGCCAAAGGCAGAGGGAUUAGGAGUACUUCCUAA